AGUCUCCCAAAUGCUCCUUUGCUUUCCCUACUCCUCAAAGGCCUAAACCAAAAGAAAUGAGUUAUUAGAGAACAUGGUCUCUUUGAUCUCUCCCUCUCUAUCAAUACUUGUGUUCUCUCUAAGUGUUCAUACAUAUGAAUCAACCAAACCAAACAUGGUACAUCUUAUCCAUUCUCUUCUUCUUCUUCUUCUUCCUACUAUCUUUCGCGCAAACCGCGCACCGUAACGCCUCAUUCGAUUCCUUGGACUCCGUCAUUCGCGAUCACGCAUUCGAAACAAUACUCACACGCCGGUCUGGCCAACUCUAUCAAGUCCCUCUCCCUUCAAACCUCUCUGGUAUCGAAGCUUCGACCGUGAGGCUCCGCGGCAGUUAUCUUUGGAGCUCCGGAGCGAAUUCUACCUCAUUCCACAUCCCACCGAGGACAAGUGCCGUUCCUUUCGCAAAGCGACUCGUCCUCGUAUUCGAAAACUUUGGCAACUUCUCCGCCUCCUACUUCAGUGUGCCUCUCAAUCACACCCUCGCCACUCUGGUUCUCGGCUUACUCGCCUAUGACGCAUCGAAUUUGACCUCUGGUGCCACUACCGAGCUUAAGUUUGAAGUUCUUGGAGAUUCGAUAUCCAUAACUUUCCACGAAUUCAAACUACCAGAGAGGAUGAAUAACGUGACAGCCAAGUGCGCGAGUUUUGGACCAAACAGGUCAGUGCGAAUCCAUGAUUUGGCGUCGGAGAACACGUGCACGGCUACGAGCACAGGCCAUUUCGCGAUCGUCGUGUCGUCGGACAUUCGACGGCCGGAGGGGAGAGAGAGGGGAGGGGUGGUUUUGGUGAUUGCUUGUGGAGUGGGUGCAGUUGGGUUGGUUUUGGUGGGGUUAGUAGGGAUAUUGGGGUUAGUUAAGUUGAGAAGGGAUAAGAAAAGGGAGAGAGAAAUAGAAGAAGGUGGGGAGGGCUUAGGUGUGGUUUGGGUAAGGAGAAGCAAAAUGCCUUGUGCAACAAUGGUUAGGACUCAAGCAAUCAUUGAGGAUAGUAUUAGUGUAUCCACCACAUUGAGAAACCCAUAUGGUUGAGAUGGUUAAUAUUGAGGGUUUAAAAAGAACUAAUUAAUGUGUAACAUAUAAUGUUGGAGUUGAUUGGGUGGGAAUUGGAACAAUGUCCAAGUACUUAAUAAAGUACCACU